AUGGAUCCCAACGCUGUGCAGAUCCAGAUCCCAGCGUCAGCAAGCCAGCAAGAAUCCUCCUCUAUUCAGGAUGCUCCGGCAACAAAGCCUCUGCCGGCCGCUGCGACGAAAGCGGCGGCGCGGCCGGCCCUGUCAAGCGCGUCGGACCUGCUGAAGCUCCUGCCGACGGGCACCGUGCUGGCGUUCCAGGCGCUGGCGCCGUCCUUCAGCAACCACGGCGUGUGCCACGUAGUGAACCGGUACCUGGUCCUGUCGCUCGUCGGCGCGUGCGCCGCCUCGUGCGUGCUCCUCUCCUUCACCGACAGCUUCAUCGGCCGCGACGGCAAGCUCUACCACGGCGCGGCCACCUUCGGGGGCUUCUACCCGUUCAACUUCACGGGCACGCGCGAGGAGCGGGAGGCGACGUUCAAGGAACUGUACAGGCUCCGGAUCACGGCGAUGGACUUCGUGCACGCCUUCUUCUCGGCGCUCGUGUUCCUCGCCGUGGCGCUCGCCGACGCCAGCAUCCAGGGGUGCCUGUUCCCGGACGCCGGGCCCGACGUGAGGGAGCUGCUGGUGAACCUGCCGCUGGGGGCGGGCUUCCUGUCCAGCGUGGUGUUCAUGAUCUUCCCCACCACCAGGAAGAGCGUCGGCUACGCGGACAUGGCGCCCCACGCGCAGUGA